AUGUUUCGUUUCAUUUUAAUUGUCACUGCAGUUUAUUUUGCAAAGGAUAUCAACGCAGCUUGCCUAGCCCCGUAUAGAGAACCAUGCACCUACCAGUCUACACCCCCGUGUGCUUUCUCUGAAACUAUAAGCGGCGUAGUCACCUGCCCAAGUCUCUGUACACCCACUUCGAAUUUACUCUGUAACUGUGGUAUAGAACCACCAUGCAGUUGCUUCAAAGACACAGCCAAUGUUUGUAAAACAUGCCCCGAGAAAAUUUCACCAAUAUGCUCAUGUUUGGCCAAUUUGGACGUAGGAUGUAAUUGUGAUGCGAAGAAAUCUUUCAUUUACUACCCGGAGGUCGAAUACCCAAUGACCGUAAUGGAAAUGAAUCCGUUUUUCUUCAGUACGCGUUGGUUUCCUUGA